UCCGCUCGGUGCGUCACGUGACUGGCUGACGCGCUCCGCUCGGGACAGGUUCAGACCGACACGAUUCCGCCGCGGGGCAGACGAACCGCACCGGAACCAGCCACACGGCGCCCCGGUAAUGUCCGCCGUGUGCGCGCCGACGACCCGCCGCCUGCUGCGGCUCGCCCUCGCCGGCCCGCCCGCCGCCAUGCAGAGGCACCACAGCCUGGACGUGAGCGCGCCGCUGCUGCGGACGCAGGGCUACGUGGACGGCCGCUGGGUCUCCGCCGCCUCGGCCUUCCCCGUCCUGGACCCGGCCACCGGGCAGGAGAUCGCCCGGGUGGCCGACUGUGGCCCCGCGGAGGCCAAGCGAGCGGUGGACGCCGCGUACGAGGCGUUCCACUCGUGGAAGCGGUUCACGGCGAAGGAGAGGAGCGUCCUGCUGAGGAAGUGGUUCGACCUGAUGACGCUGCACAAAGAAGACUUGGCCAAACUGAUCACAUUUGAGUGUGGCAAACCGAUGAGCGAGUCUCUCGGGGAGGUCGCGUACUCGGCCUCCUUCCUCGAGUGGUUCUCUGAGGAGGCUCGGCGAGUUUACGGCGACAUCGUCCCGUCACCUGCCCGGGACCGAAGGAUCCUCCUCCUCAAGCAGCCGGUGGGCGUCAGCUCCAUCAUCACCCCGUGGAACUUCCCCAGCGCCAUGAUCACCAGGAAGGUGGGAGCGGCUCUGGCCGCCGGCUGCACCGUGGUGGUCAAACCAGCCGAGGACACGCCGCUGUCGGCGCUCGCUCUGGCCGAGCUGGCGGACCAGGCAGGGAUCCCGGCGGGGGUGUUCAACGUGGUCCCCUGCUCCAGAGAGAAGACCCCGUCUGUCGGGGAGGUUCUGUGCACCGACCCCCUCGUGGCCAAAAUCUCCUUCACCGGCUCCACUGCAACCGGCAAAGUGUUGCUGAAACUGGCCGCUGACACUGUGAAGAAGGCGUCGAUGGAGCUGGGUGGCCACGCCCCCUUCAUCGUCUUCGACAGCGCCGACGUCGACAAGGCAGUGGGCGGAGCCAUGGCGUCCAAGUUCAGGAACUCUGGACAGACGUGCGUGUGUUCCAACCGGUUCCUGGUGCAGAGCGGGAUCCACGAUCGCUUCGUGGAGAAGCUGGGCCGAGCGAUGGACGCCGAGCUGCGUCUGGGCCACGGCUCGGAGCCCGACACCACCCAGGGGCCGCUCAUCAACGCCAGAGCCGCAGAGAAGGUGGUCCACCAGAUAUCGGACGCAGUGUCCCGGGGGGCAACAGUGCUGAAGGGCGGGCGGCGUCGGGACGGGUCGUUCAUGGAGCCGACCCUGCUGACGGACGUCACCACUGACAUGCUCUGUACGAGAGAGGAGACGUUCGGCCCUCUGCUGCCCGUCAUCAGGUUCGACAGCGAGGACGAAGCUCUGGCCAUCGCUAACGCGUCUAACGUCGGUCUGGCAGGUUAUUUGUACUCACAGGACACGAGUCAGAUCUGGCGGGUGGCGGAGGCGUUGGAGGUGGGGAUGGUUGGCGUGAACGAGGCCCUCCUCUCCGCCGCGGAGGGCGCCUUCGGCGGGGUCAAACAGUCGGGUUUGGGCCGCGAGGGCUCAAAGUGCGGCAUCGAAGAGUAUCUGGAAGUCAAGUACAUGUGCCUCGGAGGCUUGCAGGUCUGAUCGGGACGGAGCGCCCUCUGGAGGUCCCGGUUUGUAACUAACAGAGUUUUAAUGUUCUCGCACCUGAUGACAACAACAAAAAAGUAACCCUUGUAGAAUAAAGAGGAGGUUAAACAAAAUGAAAUGUAAUAGUAACCAUGUCUUGAUUGGGGCUGAUAGCGAUUCCUGAUCGGCUUAAGUACGUAACAGUCACAGUCGACCAAUCAAAAUAAAUUAAUUGUUUAUUCUUCUUAUUUUUCGACAAACUGUUUAAGAGUAAAUGUUAUUUUACUACUGUAGCCUCCCAUCUUUGAUAAGCCCCUCCCACCUUGGUCACUGAAACUGUGCCCGUCAUGUUUGGCAUUCUGGUUACCCUGGUAACUGGCAGAUUUUUACCUCUGAACAACAUGUGAAAGUGCGAGACUUCAUGUAAGAAGCAGCUGUUUCUUUUCUCUGACUUUCUAAACUGUUGCGCCCAGAUUCUAGCAGCCAUAGCCACGUAGCUAAUUAACGUUAGCUCCACCCGUCUCCAGCGGACCAGUUAAUGUAUCAGACCCACAAAUGCGUAAACGAGUUAGUCUAAAAAAAGCCUUUUUCUAUUGCUGCACACAUUUAGUUGUGUAAUAAUCCUGAAACAACUGAGGCUCACAGUCACGUCACAUUACGACUAGUGGACCCAGGUACAAAACAAACAGAACAAAGGUUCGAGUGAUGCUUUGUUCAAGCCUUUAUUUAAACAGGGAAAAGCCGUUGAGAGCGAGCUCGAUGCUCUGGUUACAGAUUUACAGUAAAGGAACAAUAAAUUAUAAACAGAUGAUAAACCCUUUAACACUCCGUUGCUGCUGGAAGGUAAUAAGCUAGUUAGCCAGACAUGCUAACAUUAGAGCAGCUCUUUAAAGGAAAGAAGAAUAGAAACUGAGAAGGAGCUCCACACGCCUGCUCGGCCUAGUUACUGUUGCAAAGCUGUGAUUGGGCCGUAGCUGUUUUGGGGGGAGGGGUUUAGCAAAGUGUCAGUUGAGGCGCUCAGAAAAUUAGCGUCUAGCAUCUGUCAUCAUCUUGAAAAGGAAACUACUGAAAAGUCUGAUUUAAGUUUUUCCCUUUUUCCUCCAUAAAGUCACAGAAGUGAACUUUCUGUAGUUGCACAUUUAGUUUAAAAAAGUGAAACGGCUCAUUUACUGUGAUAAAACAAAACCGUACGCUAAAGUUUGGUAUUGAUCAUCCUGAUGCUCUGUGGAAGGGAUAUUUUAGUAAAAAGUAUUUUUUAAUGACUCAUACCUAUAUAUUCUGAUUUAAUUGGAGAACAAAAAAAAGGAACACACUCAAAUCGACCUUAACAAGCCCAUUUUUUUUCUAUAGCACGUCGUUUGUUUGGACCUUUAGCUUAAACUUAUUAGGAUUCCUUACUUGUAUUUAGCCGUCAGGUCAGUAAUGCCAAAUCACAUUAAUUAAUCCAUAAAUUAAAUGUUGAACACGUUGGCUAAUGUGAAUGAUGGGAAACAGGUUGGAACUUAUCUGCAUGCAGCCAAUUUUGGGUGUAUUUUUGUGCAGUGCAUAUAAUUUAGGAAAAAUUUGUUUUUAUAAUAUAGUGGUUUCAAAAUAUCUUUUGCUGUGUAGAUGUUAAUUUAAUCCUGAGCAGGUUUUUGUCAAACCCGUCAGACUGAAGUUGAAGCACAGGAGGCUGCUUUCUGUGUAAAGUGCCAUAAAACUCUAUAAAACUUAAUUUCUUAGAGUUGAACAACAGGACUGCGUCUAAAUAUGUCAAAAUUUGGAGUCGCCUACUUAGUUGUUCAGAGAAAGAGUUAUAAUUUCUUAAGGCGUAUACCUCGUUAAGUGAUAAAGAUUUUAAAAACUUGGCAACACACACAUACAGUACCUUGUCAUAAUGAGAUGAAGUAUUACAUAAUUCAGAGACACUGCUCCUUGAUCUAAAGAUUAUUCCAUGACACUGUCCUGUUGUACAGCAGAUUGUAUUUCUAAUGUGUGUAAUUGGUCUUAAUUGUAAUAUACUUUGUAGGCGUCACAGUUAAUGUAAAAACAAUGUUGAUUUUUGUAUAAAUGUUAAGUACAAUAAUA